AUGGUUCACUCAAUCCUCAUAAUUAAUCCCAAUUCAUCAGUUGGUGUCACAAAUAAUUUAAAGGACAUCCUUAUUAAACCUCCGCAAGUUCAAUUUGAAUUUUAUACUGCACCUCCCGAAGCCCCCAAAGAGAUCAAUGGAAACGAAACGUCAAUAUUAUCCGAGAAGGUAGUACUCCCAGAUUUACUAGAAAAAGGCACUAUUGAUAAACAUGAUGGAUUUUUAGUUUGCUGUUAUUCGGACCAUCCUUUGAUCCACUCGCUUGGGAAGCACACACAUAAGCCAAUUCUAGGAAUAAUGCAAGCCACUCUACUCUACGCUUUGCUGAACCCCUCUGUAAGUAGGCUGUUCAUAUUAACAAGUGUGAAUGAAUGGGAGCCAUUGUUAGAUAAAGCAAUCACAGACUUCGUUGGGGCUAGCGAGUUUCCAACUAAGAAAUUUCAAAAGACGAAGGGGCUUGACGUUAGUGUUCUUAGUCUAAGUGACCCAGAGGAAUAUUCUAAGAUUUCUACUAGAGUUAAAGAUAUCUUGAAUAAAGAAUACGCUCACGAUAACAUCAAUUGUGUGUUAUUAGGGUGUGCUGGCAUGGCAGGAUUAGAUGAAAAAUUAAACGAAAGUUUUCCUGAAGUUCAGUUUAUUGACAGCGUUAAAGUAGGAGUCGAAUUUCUCACGGGUCUUAUACGUUUUUAUAAGCAGUAA